AUGGAAGCUUACCAGGUUACCUACAACGCCAACACCACCACAACGAACAAGGCUAUUCAGAAUGUUGGUGCCAUGUUUCAAGCCGAAAAGGCGGACUUUGCUGAACUUCGCACCGUCCUUAAGACCGAUCAUGAAGCAUUCCAGUCCUCUAUCGAUGCGAAACUCACAAAGCUUCAAGAAGAGCUGGAAAUGGAGAACAAGAUCAUGGAUGCUCUCGUAGUCAAGGAGGAAAAAUGCAAAGUGUUGGAUACCAAGCUCCACUUCACUCAAAAGAAGGUCGAUGAUUUGCUAGCAGAGAAAGCAUUACCCGAAGUGAUAUUUGUUCUCUGA